CUCCUCUUCACUACCAACUCAGCAAGUGUGUGUGUCUCUCUCCGUUACCAACCGCACCUAAACCCCUUCUCGUUCCUCUGCAUAUGAUCCUCUGACUCUCUGCCCCUUCCUCUGAUUUUACUCUGUUUUCUCCAUCUCCUCUGUUUUUCAUCAAUGGAGACGUCAUUAUAUUAACAAUGACAUCGUCUUCUUGCUCUUCCCAUGCUACUGUGUUCCUCCACCAUCGACGCGAGCAAUAUACCUCCAGACCCAUUAACAAACCUUCCUUCUCUCUUUGCUGCUCUGUUCCUCCCUCGAAGCCGCGUGCCACCUCUGUUCAUGCCGUUAUGAGUCAUAAAGUAGAAGCCUUUUAAUAAAGUUUAAACCUUUACGUUAUUGUUGUUAGAUCGUUGACAGGGAAGAGACGAGUAGAUGAGAGCGAGAGUUUGACUCUAGAAGGUAUACGAGAGAGACUCUUUGAUCCGACAGGAAGCAGCAUUAUAUUUGGUCUGUUGGAGAGAGCCAAGUACUGUUACAACGCGGAUACUUAUGAUCCCACUGCUUUGACAUGGAGGGAUUCAACGGUUCUUUGGUUGAGUACAUGCUCAAAGGCACUGAGAAGCUUCACGCUAAGGUUGGUAGGUACAAGAGCCCUGAUGAACAUCCUUACUUCCCUGAGGAUUUGCCAGAGCCUAUGUUACCUCCUCUUCAAUACCCAAAGGUAUUGCAUUUUGCUGCUGAUUCGAUAAACAUAAACAAUAAGAUAUGGAUCAUGUACUUUAGAGACCUUGUGCCAAGACUAGUGAAGAAAGGUGAUGAUGGUAACUACGGGUCAACAGCUGUGUGUGAUGCCAUCUGCCUUCAGUCUCUUUCAAAGAGGAUCCAUUACGGUAAAUUUGUUGCAGAGGCUAAGUUCCAAGCCUCACCUGAGGCAUACGAAUCAGCUAUCAAAGCACAAGAUAAGGAUGCAUUUGAUGGAUAUGCUGACGUUCUUGACUGUGUAGGAGGGGGUAAAGAAGAGAGUUGAGAUGAAAACCAGAACAUAUGGGCAAGAACUGAAAGUGGAGAUGGAGGAGAAAGAAGAAGAGUUCAAGUUUACAAGAUCAGUCCGAUCUUGGUGGGGAAUUUGUAUGGUGAUUGGAUCAUGCCUUUGACAAAAGAAGUUCAAGUUUAGUACUUGCUUAGAAGACUAGACUGAAAAAAAAAUGUUUUGAUACUAAACUAGUAAUGUCUUUUUGGAUUGUUUUUUGAAUUUUUAAACUUUGCAAAUCUGUUAAGGUUAUUUUACACUGUUUGUACCAUGUGUUGGUUUAACUGUACAAAGAAGAUUCCCGUUUUCAAGGUUAAAUGCUAAAAGGUGUGGUUUAUGUACAUAAAAAAAUUUUCAUUUGU